AUGGACGGGAAAGGCUUUUGGGUUGUUUCGAAGCUAGACACGGCGGAAAUUACGACACGACGCGCAACUUUCGUCGACGAAGAAAACGACGCAGCGGAUGAAGGCGUGGAGGAUACAUUAGUGGGGGAGAGGGGAGCUGUCAGCAUUGCGGAGGAGACGGGAGUCCAACACGAAAGAGACGCGACUGGGGAAAGAGGCACCCGUCCUCUCCAGCAAGAGCAGACGGACGGAACCGAAACGGAAGGCGCGUGGACUCCCUCUCGAAAACGCGACAGAUUGUGCUCAGGCGCAGGUGUGUGUGGGUUGUGCCUGCUCGCAUCUGCAAAAUAA